AAGAUCAGAGCUAACUGGUGUGUGAGCAGCCGGUUAGCUCCGUGUUUCACAUUACAUAUAUCAAAUAUUGUUUUAUUAACGUUUUUGUGGAUAUCGAAAUGACAUUGAGGAUAUGUGUUUGAUGUGAAAUCUCCUUUUAAGGUAGUGGUAGCGGUAUUGAGGAUGGUCGGUCCCCCUGCGCUGCCGCGGGCCUGCGGGGUGUUGUGGGUGUCAGUAGCGUUACUUCUGCUGCUGCUACUGGAGCUCCAGCCAUCGGCAGCGGGAGAGUUCGACCCCUAUAAGGUACUUGGUGUCAGCCGGAGGGCCAGCCAACCGGAGAUCAAGAAAGCCUACAAACAACUAGCCAAGGAAUGGCACCCUGACAAGAAUAAAGACCCGGGAGCAGAAGACAUGUUCAUCAAGGUCUCAAAGUCUUACGAGAUUCUGUCCAAUGAGGAGCGCCGCUCCAACUUCGACCGCUUUGGCCAGAUGGACGAGCAACAGCAGCAUCACCAUGGCAACGGCCCAGCUCAGGGUUUCCAUGGUUUCCAGCACGGCAGCUUCUUCUUCGACGAUUCCUUCUUCCACUUCUCACGGUCUGGACGAGACUUUGCAGACUCCAAAUACAUGCUGCACUUCGCCCAGUACAACAACGAGGUGCUGCCAGACAGCUUUAAGAGGCCGUACCUCAUCAAGGUCACAUCAGAGUGGUGUUUCACAUGCAUACACAUCGAACCUGUCUGGAAAGAAGCCGUUAAUGAACUAGAGGCUCUAGGUGUGGGGAUCGGAGUGGUUGAUAUUGGUUACGAACGGCGCUUGGCCAAUCAGCUUGGAGCUCACCGCACCCCCUCCAUCCUGGGAGUCAUCAACGGCCGUGUCGCCGUUUUCCACUCAGCAGUCGUCCGAGAACACCUCAGAACCUUCAUCGAGAACCUGCUACCACAGCGCCAAGUGGAGAAGGUGACGGACAGUAACUACGCCUCGUUCCUGAGCAGCUGGCCUGAGGAGAACAAGCCUGCUGUGCUGCUCUUUGACCAGAUGCCCGACGUCCCCCUGCUCUUCAAGCUGACAGCGUUUGCCUAUAAGGAUUAUGUGCGGUUCGGGUAUGUGGACCAGGGCCUGACUGACACGGCUGAGGUCCAGAGUCAGUUCAACAUCAACACCUACGCACCCACCAUGCUGCUGUUUAAGGAGAACACUCAGAAACCUGCCGACGUCAUUCAGGCCAAAGGCAUGAAGAAGGGGAUCAUUGAUGAGUUUGUGUCUAAUAACCGCUUCCUCGUGGCUCCGAGACUCGUCAACCAGAAACUUUUUGAUGAACUUUGUCCCGUCAAACAGUUCCACCGACGCAGGAAGUACUGUGUGUUGCUGAUGACCAGUGAUGAGGAUUGGUUGUCGCCUAGCAACAGUGCUUUCCUGGCGUUCGCUGCAGCCAACACCAGAGAAGUGAUCCGAUUCGCUUACGUCUCCCAGCGCAGCCAACAGCCGCUAUGCCAUACGCUCCUCAAGGACAGGGACGCCAUAGCACCACAGGUGGUGAUACUGGAGCGUCGCAGCAACACUGGUAAGGUGGUGUAUAAGGAGGUGUUGGGUGGCUGGAACGGGAGUGAAGAUGAUCAGCGGCGGCUUAAUGAACACCUGGAUGUCCUGCAGAGCGACCCCACCUACCUCAACACCCCCGCUACACUACCAGAGCUUAACAACGAACUAGCAUCGAUGUUCCUGGUCCAGUGGAUCUCCUCAGCAUAUGAUUAUGUGGGGCAGCUGUACACAGACCUGCUCUACUCCAACUGGCGGGAGAUGAUGCCGGUCAUGUCUCUGAUCUUCUCUGCUCUCUUCAUCCUGUUUGGAACCGUCAUCAUCCAGGCAUUCAGCAGUGAGUCUGGAGAGGAGAAACCGACAAAGCCGAAACCAAAGGAGACUAACACCUCAUCAGAGGGAACCGAGACGUCCAGCCGGGCUCCUAAGAAGUCGUUUGUGGAGGUCACAGAGCUGACUGAUGUGACGUACACCAGUAACCUGGUGAAGCUGAAGCCGGGUCACAUGAAUGUCGUGCUGGUGCUGACAGAUGCAGCCAAACAAACACUACUCAAGAAGUUCGCUAAAGAGGUCUACUCCUUUUCAGGGAGCCCUAGUCUCCACUACUCCUUCCUGAAUGUGGACAAGCACCACAACUGGAUGUGCAGCCUGCUAGACUCCUCCCCUGACGCCUCAUUGGCCGACCAGCGCGAUGAGGAAGAGGAUGACUCCACCUCUGAGGGCGGGAUCAAGGCAAAGGCUGACUACACGGGCUACGUGCUGGCCAUGAACGGCCAUAAGAAAUACUUCUGUCUGUUCCGACCCGUAUUCACCGGGGACCGAGAUGACGCCGACCACAGUCGCUCUGACGACGACGAUAACUCUGCUAGCGGAGUUAGCUCCGGGUGCUCCGCCAAUAGCAGCAGCAACAGCUCAUCCAAUAGCUGCAGCUCCCGGUCGCGUUCGCGGUCUAGUUCCAGUUCCAGCCGCCGCUCUCGCUCCCGCUCCCGCUCAGGUUCGAGCUCACGAUCACGCAGCUCUCGGCAGCGGCCCACCACCCUGCAGAUCCACCACAAGCUGGACCGGCUGAACCUGUGGAUGGAGCGGCUGCUGGAAGGCACGCUGCCCAGACACUACAUCCCCGCGUGGCCCAGCCAAGACAAGAUCGCCCCUAACAAGAAGUAGACACUGGCAGCCGUCCGCUCGCCUGCCGCGUUAUGCUAACGCUAAUGCUAAUGUUCACACGCUAAUGCAGAGAAAUGCUAACGUUACCAUGGAUGCGGAUGUUGGACACAGUUGCUGAUGUUGGCACAGAUGUUGUUACCAUGAAUGCUGAUGCUAGCUGCAGAAGCUACCGGUAACGAUGGCUUCACCCAACACACGUGCACACGUUACCAUGAUGACGCUGUUUGAGCUGGAAUAUUGCCUCGUCUCACUGAAACAACCUCUUCCCUAAGUGGGGACCUUGAAGCCUGGUUGUGUGUGUGUGUGUGCGUGUGUGUGUGUGUGUGUGUGUGUGUGUGUGUGUGUGUGUGUGUGUGUGUGUGUGUGUGUGUGUGUGCGUGUGUGUGUGUGUGUGUGUGUGCUCUUUUUUAUAUGUUUUUUGAGGAGUGUUGGACUGUCGUCUGGACUGACUGGAUGGGAUGAAAGGGAGCUCCUGUUGUCAUUGCACUGAUGUUCGGGGUCUCUGUAGCUCACAGACCCAUUGUCAUGGUUACCUACCGUUACCCAGAGCGCCCCGAUGCCCCCGCUCCCUGUAGAGCACCUGCUGUGCUUCCUGCUUCUGGGGUCGAGGGCCAUAGGUCAUAGGUCACCCUGGCUUUGCACUCUGAAGCGGUUGCUGUGUCUUCAGAUAUAGGAAUGACGUAAUCACUAAACGCUGCACCCUCCCAGCAUCCCCCUCUCUCCUCACUCUCCAGCCAUUUCUAUCUAAAUUAAAUUAUCUAUCUGAAUUACAAAUAGAUAUAACCUAUGACGUUCUUAAGCAUGACCUGGAUUGCCUAGCUACUGACUCUGGUUUUUGUUCUUCUCGUUUUUAUUAUCAUGAUGUUAGAAACUGAAUGCCUCCUCUUGCCUCUGCAUGCUCUCUUGCCUCUACUGCCCCCCUGCGGCCUUCAGGUGUGUCUGCAGGUAACCAGCCACACCACCCUGGUCCACCGCUGUGGUACGACUCCCUUUCCCCUGUCCUGCACAUCUUCGAUUCCUCUUCCUACCGUGUGUGCUUAUAUCCUGCUUCUGAAACUUCGUCUGCCUCCAACCGACCCCCUCCGUUCCCCCCACCCCCGGUCCCCUUCCCCUGUGUCUCUCCUGUAAUUCCCCUGUAUCCCUCCUGUAAUUCUCCUCUAUUGUAUUCCACCUUUAACUCUCCUCAAUUCCUCCUUCCCCUGUGUUGCUCCCCUCUCUAUGGCACUGUAUCCCUGAGGGUGCUACUCCUCCUCCUGCCUGUGGGUGUCACCACCCUGUCUUGUCACCGUCCCCUUCUCUUCUGCCUCCAUGACGACACAGAGGUGACACGUGCCCUGCUAGAAAUAAGAGUAUAUAGGUAUAAUAAAUAUAACUAUAUAGAUCUAAUAAAUAUAACUUAAAGAUAAAUAAACUGUAGCUUUUUAUUUAUGUUUAAGACAUACAACACUGUGUACGACACUAAUUUAAUUUAAAAUGUUUCUCAUGUGAUCCCUGUAUGUAAAAAAAUA